AUGACUGGAAGUCAAAAUACUGGAAGUCCUGUACGGAACAGGUCACCUUCACCAACAUUUAUCCAGGACAACAUCAGCAACAAUGCCAGCAAGAGGAAAGCUUCUCCGAAGAGGAAGGCUUCACCAAAGCGAAAGAGAGCAGCUUCCCCCAAGAGAAAGGCGUCGCCAAAGAGAAAGGCUUCAACCAAAAGGAAAGCUUCGCCCAAGAGAAAGGCUUCGCCCAAGAGAAAAGCUUCGCCCAAGAGGAAAGCUUCACCCAAGAGGAAGGCUUCACCCAAGAGGAAGGCUUCACCCAAGAGAAAGGCUUCGCCCAAGAGGAGGGCUGGUUCACCAAAGAGGAAGGCCAAGCGAUCUGCUCAUCCCAAGACCUUGGAGAUGGUCGUCGCCGCAUUGAAAGCGCUGAAGGAUCGCAAAGGUUCCUCCCGCCAGGCUAUUGCGAAGUACGUCAUGGCAAAUUUCAAGGGAAUCACACAAUCCCGUCUUCCAUCUAUGCUACGUUUGGCUCUAGCUCGUGGUCUGUUAUCUGGCCGCCUUGUCCGCCCCAAGGGAUCCACUGCCGUUGGUGCCACCGGACGUUUCCACCUUGGAAAGGCACCGAAGAAAGCCAAGAAACCAAAGAAGAAAACACCGAAAAAGAAGAAGAAAGCUAAGAAGCCAAAGAAGAAGACUCCAAAAAAGAAAGCCAAGAAAGCGAAGAAACCAAAAGCCAAGAAAUCUGCAAAGAAAGCUACCAAGGCAAAGAAAAGCAAGAGAGCAAAAAGCCCCAAGAGGAAACCAAAGAAAGCAAAGAGGAAAUCUCCAAAGAAAACAAAGCAGUCCGCCAAGAGAAAGCUGUAG